AAGAUGUGAUAUGUAUAGUAAACUAUGGUAUGCAUGCGCCGGUCCUUCUGUUUAUGUGCCACGCACUGGAGAAAAAGUCCUUUACUUCCCUCAAGGUCACAUGGAACAGGUCGAGGCAUACAUGAAUGAAGAUAGCACUAUGGAAAUGCCCAUCUACAAAUUACCUUCCAUGAUCAUCUGCAGGGUGUUGCAUGUUGAGCUUAAGGUUGAACCUGGCACAGAUGAGAUCUAUGCACAACUUACAUUGCUUCCAGAGGCAGAGCAAAAUGAGCUAAGUAUGGAGCAUAGAAAUUAUCAAGCAUUGCCUCGGAAAAUAUAUCCACAUUUCUUUUGUAAGAAGCUAACUCCGUCAGAUAUAAGCACGCACGGUGGAUGCUCUAUCCCGAAGCGACAUGCCAUUGAUAGGUGUCUUCCACCCUUGGACAUGUCUCAGGAAACCCCGCAGCAGGAACUGCUCGUGACGGACUUACACGGUCAUCGAUGGUGCUUUCGACAUGUUUUUCGUGGCCAGCCAAAAAGGCAUUUACUUACCAGCGGCUGGAGUACCUUUGUCACUUCAAAGAAGCUUGCUGCUGAGGAUACAUUUAUCUUUCUAAGAAGGGAAAAUGGAGAGUUCGGUGUUGGAGUUCGUCGAGCAAUGUCGACUUUAUUGAACAAUCUGCCCCCAUCGAUCAUAUCUGGCCACAGUAUGCGACAUGGAAUACUUGCCAGUGCUUUACUUGCCUUCUCUAGCAGAAGCAUUUUUACUGUCUACUACCGUCCUUGGACAAGGUCUUCUGAAUUUAUCACCCCACUUGAUCAGUAUCUGAAGUCAGUUCAAUUCAUCUACUGCAUCGGGACAAGAUUUAGAAUGCCGAUAGAAGGUGAAGAAUCCAGGGAACAAAGAGCCCUUGGCACUAUUGUCGGCAUUGAAGACGUCGAUCAUAUUAGGUGGCCCAAUUCUAAAUGGAGAUGUCUGAAGGUGAAAUGGGAUAAUCCCAUAUCGAAUUCAGUGCUCCCUGAAAGAGUUUGUCCUUGGAGGAUCUAUACAACGGAACUCACUACGAUGAAGAAACCUUUCGCUCUGCAUUCUCAGAAGAGGGCUCGCUCUAAUGAUGCAUCAUCCCCUGACUUUUCUAGCUUUCUUAUGGACGCUAAAUAUCAAUCCCAAAGUAGCUCAGGGGUCUUGCAAGGUCAAGAAGAUAGUGAUACAUGUGCGAAUCAAUCCAGUGCACUGCCACAAUCAUUGCCGCAUUUUCGCCCGCAAAAUUAUGGUUGGGACUCAAUCCAACUACAGAUGCAUAAGCAAACAGAGAUUCAUAUUCCAAUCUGCAACCCGUCAUAUCAAUACACCACCAGCACAACAUUCUACUCUUAUAGAGUUCACGACGAUGCUCGUGCUAGCAAAAGGCUUGCAGUUCCGAAUGUCGGGUCUCCAGAAUGGAGAACUUUGUCUGAACCAAAAGGUGCUCAUAGAUACAUGCUUUUCGGAGUAAAUUUAGUUAACGGCUCACCAGAGCUCCCUUCACCACAAGUACUCACUUCUAGUGAGGUUAAACGUCUUUGUUCGACUCCUCCGACAUCGCAGUCGAGUGUCGAGGAACCUUCUAAGUGUAUAUCUAGCAAGCAAUGCAACAACUGCUGUUUCAUCGGCAACCGAAGUUGCACCAAGGUGCUGAAGUAUGGACUUGCUCUUGGAAGAUCAAUCAAUCUUUAUCUAUUCAACGGAUAUGAAGACCUCAUCGUUGAGCUCGAUCGCAUGUUUGAUUUCAAUGGAAGAUUGAUAGAUGGAAGCAGCGGCUGGAAUGUAACCUAUAUCGAUGGAGAUGGGGAUAUGAUGCUGAUUGGAGAUCAUUAUCCAUGGCAGAAAUUUCAGUACCAGGUCCGAAGGAUGGUGAUCCGCCCGAAGGAAGAAAUCGAGAGGCCGAAUCCGAGCUCGCCAAGAUCAGCAUCUUACUGAAAGGCCUUUAAAAAUCUUUAGUAUGGUAAUAUCUUUUCCUUGGGGUUGAAGCAAAUCAAUGC